AUGGAUCCGCCACCACCACCACCGUCUUCCGCUGGUCCUCCCGACGACCACGACGAACGGGUAAGUGGAACCCAUCGGUUGAUUUGCUCCCGCGCCCCCUUGCUACCCUCGCCUUCCCGCGCCCCCUUGCCUCCCUCGCUCAUGUCUUCCUUUGUUCGUUCCACUUAGGGGCCACCACGACCACCACCACCACCACCACCACGAUCGUCACCACGCCGCGACGCCAGGCCAUUGCAGGUAAACGAUGGUUUUUUUUGGGUCACCCACGGGGGAAAACCGACUUGGGCCGUGAUGUGAACCUGAGCCCACCCCCGGUUUGGUCGAAGACAAACCGGGACAAGUCAGUCCCUCUCCGUUCUUUCUCGACUCGAUGAGGAUGUCUUGUGUGAUGGAGACCUUGUGCUCCACAGGAUCCGACACCUCAUUUUUCCCUCCGUCUCGCUUUGCUGAUUUUUUUUUGGGGUCGUCUUCCAGUAGGGCUGUGAUACCUGGCAGCAGGUGGAGUCCACGUUGCCCCCUUCCCCUUUUCCCUUACGGGCAGGUUUUCUGGUUGGCACCUGUUUUAGAAGCUGUCUCUGUUUUUUUGGUAUUUUUGUAUUCUGGCCGGUUUUUUCUCGUAGGAGGAGCAGGUUUUCGCUCUUGAACUUUCUUGGCUGUCCUCCAUCCCUAUUUUUCUUCGUGCUAGACAACCACUCCCUUUUGUUUUGCGCCACUUGGGUUUAAGGUCUCCUUUCUUGAUCGUCUCCUAGCUUGGUGAUCUGGAGGUCUUUGGCGAGUCUUCACUGGAUGGGUAGAUGGUCAUGUCCUUUUGGCUAUUCUCCUCUGUUUGGACCGUUUGCCUUUUUGCUUUUUUUUUUCAGCCCUCCGCGGUUUUCCUGGAACGUUGGACGUGGCCCUCGGGGACCAUGAAGGUCCAACAGCUCGGACUCGGACCUACUCGAGGGAGUUAGGGUGCAUUCCUUGCCCCCAAUCCAGUGACAGCAAGACCACCGAGACAGACCUUCCUGGCCGACCUUGGACAGGACGCAGCCUGUUGGUUCACGUGCUCUUCUGGUUGCCGAGGGGUGCAUUUCCUUGAGGCCGGGGAAGAACGAGGGUUGACAGACCCACCUACCUGAGCAAGCAGUUCUGACACCGGGCAAGAACGCACCGACUUACUUGAGCAAGCAGUGUUGAUGCUGGGAAAGAACAGAGCCACCUGACAAGCAUGGUUACUCCAGACAUCCACUGGAGUGUUCACUUGGAUCUGGUAACAGGGUCACCUGAAACCACGGACGACGAUGACAUCCAAGGCCUUGGAAGAAUGCUGUUGAAUAGCUUGGAGACAUCCCUUGGGAUCAUUUUGACGAGGAUGUUGGAGAAAAGCCAUGGACACCAAGAAAUCCUUGCAGUUCUCCCUGUGGGACCACACCCUUGCUGCCCUGCUGAAAGUCAUUCGCCGAGCAGAAGUCGUCCAGGUACUAGAGAACUUGAAGGGCUGGAGUUGGCUUGCCAUGGCGGUUGCCAUGGUGCCUAGAGAAGUGGUUUCGUCUGACAGACCUCGCGGUGGAGCACCACCACAGAGGAUAGACUCUCUGUCGUCGGCGAUGACCCUCCGGGAAUGCGUGUGUGAACAUGGGACGCGUGUGUGAACCAGAUGGACGUGGUAGGGCAAACAGUGACAGGUCCCCAACUCGACCUCACAGCCUGGCCAAGUGGACUGGGCACUGACACUCUGCCUCAGUGAGUUGCCGGCUACCUCAACGCGGUCGACCUUAAAGGCCCCCUCUGUCUUUGACCUGUGGUGCUGAUGUCUGACUGUUGCCUGACUGUGUGGAGUCGUCGGUGCUUUCCUCACCAAGACACAUCCUGUUGAUUGGCUUCUUUGGUGACUUUUUUUGGGGAGAGCAACCCUUCUCCAGGCCGUCUGGAUCCAUCCCCUGAUGAAUCCUCGAGCACGUGACGAACAAUGUGCGAAACAUCGGCUUCUGUGGAUAACGAUGUGCGAAACAUCGGCUUCUGUGGAGUACUUCUUGGAUGGUUGCCUGGGCAAGUCGUCUGUUUGUGCGCUCUCGUGUAUGUUUCCAUAGCUUGCCCUGAGGGAAGAAAUGGAAGUGGUUCGGUCACACCCACACAGAGAGAGACGAGUCGAACGCGUUGUGUUUGGGGGAACACUGUGGUCCCAGAACUCCCUUCUCCUCCACAACGAGCAAGACCUUUCCAUAGCCAUUCCAACCAGACCCCAGCAAGUCCAUUCUCCAUAGCCAAAGGCGUGCAGACCCAAGCAAGUCCAUUCCACCUUUCGAGGAGCGUCCACAUCCCCUUGGUUUUUUGGGUGGACCAUCUGUUCCAGCCUUUCUUCAUCAUCGUUUGGUGGUUGGACUGCUUGUUCUGCCGAUUCCCUGGUCCAAAACCCGUGGUUCCGUCACUGGCCCAGGAAGCCAUCGCGUUUCACUGCCACAGGGUUCCUGAUUCAUUCCAGUUGCCCCAUUGCGAUGGAUUCGUGGACGUUCGAGAUCCAUUGGACUUGGUCAGAGCUCCAUUGGUUUGAUUGUUCGAUCUCGGGCGUGUUUUCUUCUGGAAGGAGAGAAGGUCUUGGGAGAUUUUCCUGGACUUUGCAAGAUCCUGCACGAAACCACCCUCCUGGGAUGUCCAUCGUGCAUACCUGUCUUUCCCUACGUUUGUAGGGACAGGCUUGUCUUGGCUGUACUGCAUGUGGAGGAUGGAAGCUAUUGGUCGACGAUGGUCUCUGAUUGUUCACUGUUGGGCGGCCGGGAUCUGAUUCUUCACGAUGGCUCUGCCGAGAGCUGAUUCUUCAAUGUUGGCCUGCCGGAUGAUAGAAGGGUGAUUCUUUCAAUGUCAGUCAGCCGUGGGUUACUGUGACAAGAAAAGAGUCCGAUUUGCUGUCAAGACCUCUGGUCUCAGCCCUCAAGCUCUGAGAUGGACGAUCUCCAUUCUUUUAUCAUCAGCAGCAUGUUUUUUGGCUUGGAGUUCACGAGCAAGUUGGAGUGCAUGGAUGAGUGGUUUGGACUUCCCCGUUCGAGGCCUCUCUCUCUGAGACGCUCUGUGCAUGACGCUGGUUUCGUCGGUGGAAGGGAUCGAUCGGACCACCCUCUGCUUCUUUGGAUUGAGGGCACUUUUUCUGUUGGGAGUCGCUGCUUGUCUCGGUCCACUCUUUGGCGGUGAUAUCAGGUGAGGCUCACUGGGACUUGGUCAGGGUCCCGAGUGAACUUGAGAGGCUGGAGAGCUUCACCUGACUCUGGUCAGCUUGUUGAGAUAUGGACUCAGAUCGGCUGGCCGAGGUGUCUCACGGCGACACUCGUGUUCAAGGUGGGUUUCUUCUAACCGAUGUUCAAGGUAGGUUUCUCCUAACUGACGUUUUAUCCCUGGGAAUGGCACGGACAGGCGCUUAGGUGUGUAGGCUGCUGCUAGUCUGGGCAUGAACGGGAGUGGAUUGUAGCUGGGAAAUGCUGAGUCUGCCCUUCCACCGUCACCUGCACUAAGACGUUCCUGGGGAAAGGUCCUGGUCUGCCACAAGGGUCUUGGUGGUGUGUUCUGCGUGUCAGGUCCGGAUGUUUGUCAACCGAAAGGGCCGGUUUACCAGCUGGAGUACCUUCUUUGGGUGCAAUUGGCCUCUCAGUCAUUCCUGGUUGGACUCCCCCAGUUGUACUGUGGUGUCAAGCCACUCUUCACCCCACCUUGGUCUAAUCUCUUCCCCCUCUUGUCCCCGAGUGGUGCCCCACCUAGUCUGCGUCCUGUUUCCCUACCCCAUUCACCUUCCUCCAUCUUGCUCCCCCCUCUCUCCCCAUCUUUUUUUUUUUUUGUCCCUUCACACCCUCUAGGCUUUCCUCUUAGGGUUCCUUCUCACUUGUCUCCCUCUGUCGUUCCAUCCACUGAUGCAUUGUCUUUUUCUCAGGGACUAACUUGUCUCGGUUUGUUUUUUCUCAAACCUUUCAGGGCACCUCCAGCGAGUCGACCCCGGACAGCGACGAAUACAACAGUCGACGCCAAUUGCAGUGCGACGAACGUCUGCCGACCGCCACCACCAGCAACAGCAGCGACGACGAAGCCUGUCUGCAAGCGCUGCAAGCCGCCGAAGGGCAAUCCGGGGGCGGGCUCCGGUUCCAGCUCACGCCCUACACCGUCCGUCACCGCCCCUCGUUCGGCGUCACCUGGCAAACGUUCCGGGGACGCCUGCAGGGUCAACCCAGCUCGGGCGACGCCUCGGAGGAAGUGAUUCGCGCCCUGGGCCAAGCCAUCCGAGACCAAUCGCGGCCAUGGCACGACGACGAUUAUUUGCAAAUCUACCUGGGAUCCAACCGCUUGGCCAAUAAUUUUACCAGUGCCCGCGUCCGGGUGCGAGAUUGGCGCCACACGCAAGGGCCCGCGCGGCAUCUGCUCGACCAGAUGACGGCCCUCUUGAACUCCAACGAGAACUUUGCCGUGGACGAUACCUUCGUGGUCGACUUGACCUACGUGCGCCCCCCGCGCGGCACGGGCCGUCGUAAACUCGGGUUCGACGCCUUUGCCAAUAUGGUCAAGAGCAAACACAGUUGUAUCGAGAUCACCAACAAGGACGAUCUCUGCUGCGCCCGAGCCCUGGUGACGGCCAGAGCCUACCAACACAAAGAUCAAAGUGCCCUCCACCUGAGCGAGUACACAACCCUCCGGCACGGGGGAGCUCUCCAAACGACCAAAGCCCGCGAGUUGCAUCGAUUGGCCAAAGUACCCGAAGGGGCUUGCGGGUUGCCCGAACUACGCGAGUUCGAAAAAGUGUUGCCCGAUUACCAACUCAUCGUGGUGUCGGCCGAUCACGGGAAUGCCAUCGUGCAUUGCGGCCCGACCGCCCUGCACCCACUCAUCCUCUUGGCCCACCAAGGCCAUUACGACGUCAUCACCAAAUUGAACGCCUACUUUGGCGUGGCCUAUUUUUGCUUGCGGUGCCGCAAAGGGUACAACACCAAGGACUUUCGGCAUCAUCGAUGUCCCGGGUUCAAGUGUUAUUGCUGCCAACAAACGGACUGCUCGGACUUUGCCACCCACCCUGCCCGAGACGCCGCCACCGAACUGUGUCCCCAUUGCCAUCGCCGUUUCUUUGGCCCUCGGUGCCUCGAACUGCACACCCUCCGGUCUCCCAGCGGCGCCAGGGUCCACCCGCUGACCUUCGACAACGUGUGUGCCCAACUACGGUGCUGCGGGCAUUGCGGACGCACCUUCCAGAGCUACCAGGCCUUUCUCAGUCACCUGUGCGGCUACCAACCGUGCUACAAUUGCGGGCUCACGGUAGACGUGUGGGACCACAAAUGUUUCAUCCAGGCCAUCCCCUUACGUCGAGGCCCCAAACGCAAACACGCCACCGCCAGUUCCGGCCAGCCGGGACCCGAGGAACAGGCCGUCGUCAAAAUCUUUUUCGAUUGCGAGUGCAUGCAGGAAGGCGGGGAGGCACAUCGCGUGAACCUGGUGUGCGCCGAGACCAGUCUGGACGAUCAACGCUACCAGUUUCCGUCCAUGCAAGAGUUCAUGGCCUGGGUGUGGCACCUGAGAGUGACGGACCCCGGACGCCGCCCGUUCGUGGUGAUCGCGCAUAAUUUCCAAGGGUACGACGGGUACCUGUUGCUCGAGGAACUGUACCGACAAGCGGUGGUGCCGUCGCAGAUCGUCAACGGGGCCAAACUGUUGAGCGUCGCCAUUCCCGGGGGCAUCAAAUUUAUUGACAGUCUGAACUUUUUUCCCAUGGCCCUCGCCUCGUUUCCCCAGACCUUCGGGUUGCAGGAAGAAGCCAAGGGGUUCUUUCCUCACUUCUUUAACAUCCCCACCUUGCAGCAGUACGUGGGGGCCAUGCCGGCCCGACAGUAUUACGAUCCCGACGGCAUGAAACCGGCCCGUCGCGCCGAGUUCGACCGAUGGUACGCGGAGCAAGUGGCGUCCCAUCGCGUGUUCAACUUGCAAGUUGAACUGCUCAAAUACUGCCAAUCGGACGUGCGGAUCCUGAAACAGGCGUGUACCCUCUUCGAGCGCGAAUUCAGGGGUAUGUGCGGGUUCGACCCCUUCGAACAAUGCAUCACCAUCGCCUCGGCGUGCAACGUGGCCUACCGUCGCCAUUGGAUGCGACCCCGUACCCUGGCCGUCGAACCCCUGCACGGCUGGCAUCCACAGAUCCGUCAAUCGAGAGCCGCCUUGGAAUGGUUGUACCACCUAGAACGCAUCCUGCCCCCACCCACGGACGGGGAACCGCGCCUACGCCACAGUCGGAACGGAGGCGAAGUGCUGUUCCGGAUCGGCGAGCAUCGCUACCACGCGGACGGCUACGAUCCGCGCACCGGGUUCGUGUACGAAUUUUACGGCUGUUUCUACCACGGGUGCCCCGAAUGUUUUCCCCAACGGCACCAGCGGCACGCCAAACUCGACGGGGCCACGCCCCACGAACUGUACACGCGCACGGUCCAACGGGCCGAACACAUUCGUCAAGGCGGUCACGUGAUGGUCGAAAAGUGGGAGUGCGAGUGGGACGCCCAAAAGAGGGAAGAUCCCGAGUUGCGCCUGUGGGCCGAGACCCUGGAUCUGGUGACACCCCUGGAUCCCCGCGACGCUUUUUUCGGCGGACGGACCGAAGCCGUGCGAGCCCACUGUCAGGCCCAGCCGGACCAACACAUCUUCUACGACGAUUUCACGUCGCUGUACCCGUGGGUGAAUAAGAAUUGCAAAUACCCCGUGGGUCAUCCCGUCAUUCACACGCAAUUCACCUGCCAGACCCCCGAAGACUGGGACCGACUGGUCCGCCAUCAAUCGUACGGGUUGGUCCAAUGCCGCAUCCUGCCGCCACACUACCUGUUUCAUCCCGUGCUGCCCGUCCGCGUGGCCGGCAAGUUGUUGUUUCCAUUAUGUGUCCGAUGCGCCCGUGACCAAGUGCCCCUGCCCUGGACGGAACGUACCCACAUCUGCAACCACACCCCUCGAGAACGAGCCUUCGUGGGCACGUGGUGCACGCCCGAAUUGGUGCUGGCCCUGGACCAAGGGUACGUGAUCCUGCACAUCUACGAACUGUGGAACUUUCGUACGACCUCCACCACCCUGUUCCGGGAUUACAUCAAUACCUGGAUCAAGGUGAAACAGGAAGCCGACGGCUGGCCCUCGCCCGAGGUGGAAAAAGAUCCCGCCUUGCAGAUCGAGUACCUGGAAGAGUUUCGGCGCGUGGAAGGGGUGAUCCUCGACCCGGCCAAGAUCGAACGCAACGAGGGUCGACGCACGUUGGGCAAAUUGAUGGCCAACAGUUUCUGGGGCAAAUUCGGUCAACGCACCAACAAGACCCAAGUGACCACCUGCAAGGACCCCGAGAGCUUCUUCGACCUCUUUCUGGACGGCGAACGCGACAUCCAUCGCAUCCUGCCGGCCGGCGAACAGAUGAUCGACGUGUACCAUUCGUUCAAGGAAGACGUGGGCGAACUGGGGACCAACACCAACAUCUUCGUGGCCGCCUUCACCACGGCCCACGCGCGCGUCAAACUGUAUCACGACGGGCUGCUGCCCCUGCACACCCGCGUGCUGUACAUGGACACGGAUUCCGUGGUGUACCUGGCCACCCAAGGCGAGACCCACCUGCCGCGAGGACGGUUCCUGGGCCAAUUCAAGGACGAACUGAAAGGCGACGUCAUCGACGAAUUCGUGGCCGGCGGCCCCAAAAAUUACGCCUACCGUACCCGUUCGGGACAAGAAUGUUGCAAGGUGCGCGGCUUCACCCUGGACGCCCGGGGACAAGCCGUCCUGAACUUCGAGAGCGUCCGAAACCUGGUACAGAAAGACAUCGACGAAUCUCUGGAUCGUCCCAGAACGCUGUCCGUCGACAACCCCCAUCACAUCGUACGGAACGUCCCCGACAAGACGCUCCAUUCCGUGCGGCAACUCAAGACCUACUGCAUGGUCCAAGACAAACGGGUGCUGGAGGCCACGACCGGCAUGACGUACCCCUACGGCUAUCGGCCCAGUCAGGACAUCGUGGACGACAUGGUGUUGUCGGUGCUGUUCUCGGACAUAGACUCUCCCUUAGAAGACUAUGAGGAGGACUUGCCUUUUGUUCCAGACACGUGCCAAAGUUGA